AUGGUAAAACUUUUGCGGCUGCUGGUCGCGCUCGCCGCGGCCGCGGCGGUCGCCGGGGACGCUGCGGCGGCGGACGUCGAGCUCGAGGUCGUCGACGCGACGACCGUCGGGUCCCUCGAGGCGACGGCGGAGCAGCUCGCGGCGCUUCUGAAGGAGAAGGAGUCGCUCGUCGACAGCCUCUACAGCGAGCUCCAGCGGUCGACGACGGAGACGACGGAGGCGUCGGACAAGGACGGGGACGAGGCGCCCUCGGAGUCCGGCGAGAAGCGGAAGCGCAAGAAGACGCGGCCGCCGACGGGCGCGGACGGCGAGUACGCCAAGAAGACGCGCAAGCCCACGAAGCGGCCGACGCCCGCGCCGAGCCCGGCGCCCCAGGCGGCGGCCACGCCCCGACCGACGAAACGCCCGAAGCCCAUGCCGACGCCGCAGCCGACGAAGGCGCCCGCGCCGCGGCCGUCGACGAGCCCUGUCGGGGCCAUCGGCGACGACGACCCGGCGCCCGCGCCGGAGCCCGCGCCGGCGCCCGAGCCGGAGCCCGCGCCCGCGCCGGAGCCCGCGCCCGCGCCCGCGCCCGAGCCGGCGCCGGAGCCCGCGCCCGAGCCCGCGCCGGAGCCCGCGCCGGAGCCCGUCUUCGACCCGCCGGCCGAGGACGACCAGCCCGUGCUCGACAUCGACGCGGACGGCGACGCCGCGGAGCCCGAGCCCGCGCCCGCGCCCAAGGAGGAGCCCGAGGCGUACGAGGCCCCCAAGGAGCCGGAGGCGCCCGCGGAGCCGGAGGUGCCGGAGGCGCCCGCGGAGCCCGACGACGCGCCCGCGGAGCCCGAGGCGCCCUCGGAGGCGCCCGAGGCGCCCGAGGAGCCCGCGUGCGACAGCAGCAGCCGGCCCUGCCCCUGCGACGAGAGCAAGUGCUCGAACCACGGCGCCUGCCUCCAGCGCGGCGACCAGACGCGGUGCCGCUGCCGGGGCGCGUGGACGGGCGAGACGUGCGACGUCGGCGGCUGCGAGACCCUCGCGGACUGCGGCGCGUGCCUCGCGGCGACGGCGGCGCCGGCGCGGGGCGGCAAGAAGGGCCGCGGCGGCCGCGGCCAGGGCGGCCGGCGCCUCCUCGACGAGGGCCUCGGCGGCCGCGGCGGCAAGCGCGGCCGCGGCGGCCGCGACCUCCAGCGCGGCGGCGCGCCGGCGUGCGCCUGGGUCGACGCGGCCUGCGUCGACGCGGAGGACGCCGGCGGCCGCGGCGCGGCGACCUGCGACGCCGCGGCGGAGUUCCCGACGUCCACGGACGACCGCACGGACGACGCGCCUGCGGCGCCCGCGGCGCCCGGCGACGACGCGCCCGCGUACGAGCCGCCGGCCGACGAGCCGCCGGCCGACGAGCCGCCGGCCUACGAGCCGCCGGCGUACGAGCCGCCGGCCCCGGAGGCGCCGCCGGCGCAGGAGGCGCCCUCCCUCGACGACCCGCUCCCGGCGGAGGACGACGAGGUCGCGGACGACGACGCGCCCUCGCGCCCGUCGCCCGCCGCGCGGCUCGGCGCGCUCCUCGGCGAGCUGACGGCGAGCGACGACGACGGGCCCGUGAGCGACGCGAAGAAGGCCGCGCCGCUGAUCCUCGGCCUGCUCGUCCUCGCCGUCGGCUUCGCGCUCGUCAAGAAGUGCUGCGGCUGCGUCGCGGGCCUCCGCGGCGGGUCGGCGCCCGCGCAGCCCUACGAGAAGGUGCCCCAGGUCGAGAUGACGGCGCGGGACGUCGAGAAGGGCACGAACCUGCCGCCGGCCGCGCGGACCGUCGGCGCGCCGCGCGACGACCCGCCCGUCGCGGACGGCGACGACGACGACGACGACGCGUUCGGCGACGACGACGGCUGGGGCGACGCCGCGCCCGCGCCGCCGCCGCCGCCCAAGGAGAAGUCGCCGAAGCCCGCGCGGCCCGCGGCGCCCGCGGCGCAGUCGGCGCAGGCGCGCCGCGACGCGAAGCGCGCGGAGCUCCAGGCGAAGCGCGAGGCGCGCGACCGCGACCGCAAGGACAAGGCCGCGGCCGCGGAGCCCGCGCCCGCGGGCCUGGCGCCCAUCACGCAGCUCGGCGCGCCCAAGGCCGAGCGGCCGCCGCCGAAGCCGAAGCCGCCGCCGCCGCCGCCGGCCGACGACCCCUUCGCGGCCAUGGGCAUGGACUCGCCGCCGAAAUUCGGCGUCGGCGGCCGCGGCGUCGCCGCGCCCAAGAAGCCCGCCGCCGCGCCGCGGCCGCCGCGGCCCGCGCCGGCGGCGUCGCGGCCCGCGCCCGUGCCCGCGCCGAAGCCCGUGCCCGCGCCGCCCAAGCCCGCCGCCGCGCCGCUGGACCUCACGGACGCGAGCGCCUGGGACGACGACGACCUCGACGACAUCCUGAACUCCUAG